AUGACUGAAACCAUGUUGGACUCUGUAGAAAAAGAACUUGAGACAGAACUGGACUUUGAGCAGAAAAAACAUGCAGAAACUAAUAAGACUUUAAAAAAAUAUGAAAGGCAUAAGGAGCUGGUCUUUCAGGCAGAAGAAGAUCAGAAGACGCAGCAGCGGUCCCAAGAACUUGUUGAGAGGCUGCAGAGCAAACUGAAGACAUACAAGAGAAUGAAAGAAGAAGGGGAGGAGCAAGCAAACCUGAACCUAAACAAUUAUAGAAAGACCAUAAAUGAGCUCGAAGAGAGAGCAGAUAUUGUAGAGGCUGCACUUUGUAAAAUCCACACAAAGAACAGAGCUAGUUUUGGUAAAGGCUUCUCUUCGGGCUGUGCCUCCCCGUUGGCCAUUCUUGUCAGAUCCCCCAUCUUAAAGGACAAGUAA